AUGGCCCAGCAGGGCUCGCUUACCGCUAGGCUCGCAAAGCUGAGCGCGGUUGCGCAGGACGCUCAUGCCCUCCUAACGAGCCUAUACAAGAGACCAAGGCCCGUCUCUCUUGAUGUCGACAGGCUCAGCAGCCUGUUGAGGGCGCUCGCGGGGAACCUGGUCAACCUGUAUAUGCUCGCGUCCAGCGUCGAGGACAAUGGCUGCGGAAGCUCCAUCGGAUCUCACAACCUGCACCACUUGCAAGCAUGCGAGCGGACAUUGGUAUCUCUGCGACUGCUAUUGAAGGGGGAGUCCUCCUCACCGUCCGGGAGGGAGUCACUUCUCAAUCUGCUGGAUGAGCUGGCGGGCCACGUCACCAACCUGAGAAUGGCAUCCGCCUCACUGUCGCUGGCUUCCCUCUGCAAAGCACUUUCAUGUUCUAAUCCAGACGCACCAAGCAAGCCACGUGCAUUCGUUGACAGAAUCGCAUGGGAAAGCGCACGGAGAAGGCCGGGGCUGAGGGACGUCCCCUGCGCUCACCCAUACAACACCGUCACCAGUUUGACCAAGAAGCAGUGCCCCGGAACAAAUGAAUGGUUCACAACAUUGAAACAGUACCAAGACUGGGUUGAAGGACAGUCGGCACCUCUCUGGUUUUGUGGCGAUCCAGGGUCCGGAAAGACCAUGUUAGCCUCAACUAUCAUUGAGGGGCUCGUGUCCGGGGCUAGCCAAAGCACAGCGGUGUGCUUCCAUGUCGCAGACGCCAUAUCCACAGAGAAGCCAUCACUUGCAUCGGUCAUGGGCUCACUGCUCUGUCAGCUAGUCUGUCAGAACUCCCAGGCUGAGAGAAAGCUCGAUCAAUAUCUGCACUCCAAGCUCGACGAGCUCCCUACCGCUCUCGACCUCCCCGUGGACUGUCUCGGUGAUCCACCUGAUAUCGAAGGCGCGCAAUUGCGGAGCGCCCUUUUUCGUGCCAUCUCCAAGCACUUCUUCAAGAAGGUCUUCGUUGUGAUAGAUGGCAUUGACGAACUCGACGUCUCGGUCACAGAGACCAUCUCUUCCACGAACAGCUGGAUAGAGCCCGGCUCUGAUAUUCGGCUUCUGGUCCUCUCCGGAUGGCCAAAGACAGAAGACCGCGCUUCAGGCUUCUUGUAUACUGAUAUCGGCCCACCCGAGGUUGACCUGCGCUUCCUUUCCGAGUGGGCAAUACAGCAAUUGGAACCCGGAGAGUUACUGAGGCAUGUAACUCAAGCCUAUGUGCUAGACCAAAAACUCCAGAAUUUUCCCUCCACGGUCUCAGAGACAUAUGCAACGAUUCUAGCCCGAGCUGACCGAUCGAGCCUUAUCGCCGACAAUUACCCAACAUGUCAACUUACUCCCGUCUUGCUGCUGAGAUUUAGCCUUCUAUGGCUUCUACAUCUAUCUGAAAUCGAAUCGAGAGCCGGAGACAUACCAUGCCACUUCUCAAUUGAGAGUCUGUGCGAAGCCUUAUCCCUUCUCUGCUCGCCAGAUGGUGUGGAUUUGUCAGACAUACGGAUGAUUGACCCGAAAGAGCUCAUAUCACUCCUUGGAUGUAUGGUUGACUACGACUCGGAAACUGUCACACUAUCCCAUUCGACCGUCCUUGACUUUCUCAGCAACAAGGUAUGGGACAAGUACGGCGAUAUAGCCAAGGACGGCUUACGAGAAGCCAGCACCAGUCUCGGAACUAUCAUGCUUCGUUAUCUCAACCUCAAAAAUUUCAACCGACCGAGUUCCGAGUUCGAAAUACAGAAACAAUACAUCCUCAACAGACGGCAAAGACACCCUUUCUACGCACUCGCGGCUGCCUGGUGGCCCACCGUUGUGCAGGAAAUCUCAGACGACGCCUUGUGGGAACUCGCCGCGGUGCUCUUCGACAACCCGCGAUCGAAUCACUUCAUACACUGGCUUCAAGAGCUCUGCUCACAAUUGUUCCCAUCGAGGUUCGGAUUUGACGUAUCCCCAGAACCCUUUCUGAGGAUACGAAAUCUGCUCCUAAAGGGGGAAGAUCUAUCAGUACACAUCGCCGCGGCCUUGGGGGUCCCGCAGCUGUGCUCACGUCUGAUCAAAAUGGGACGGAGUCUGAAUAAAGUCGCUGGCGAUACAUUGAUAGAUGGACCGCCGAUCUAUUAUGCCAUUAUGGGGCCCAAAAUCUUCACUAUGUCCCGGACCAGCUCUGGGGUCAGCCUGUUACCUGCCGAGGAACAUGAAUUCUGGGGGCCUGCCCGAGUCAGAACGAUCGAAAUGCUCAUGGCGCAUGGUCCGGCUAUGAAUCCGUUCAAGAGCGAAAGAGGCGACAGUGUCUCGUUGACGGCCAGUGCUCUGCUCACUUCGUUUGCAACUUGGGACGCUGAAAUAUUCAUCAAGACAGCGAAUGGUCUGCCUCCUGAUCAGGACUGCCUAGAGGUCCUCAGAAUGUUGAAACGCGAUGAGUGGACCAUGGUACAAAUCAUGCCGCGCCACAGAACCUUUCUCAACCGUGUCUGUGAGUACAUCAUAGACUCCAUAUCCCAUAUGUUUGUGAACCCCACGUCAGAUCGCCAUGAAAAAUGCGACUGGUUGCCGAGUCGCUUCACGCAGGAGGAGACUCUGGGCUUCACCUUUGAGAUUGCAGAAGAACUGGGUCUUGACUGUGUCGACCCGAACUGCAGGAGGUCACUCCCCCACGAUGACAAGCUAUACUACUCCUAUGUUGAUCAGUUCAUGCGCGACUUUGAACCAGCCCUCUUGCAAUGGCUGAUGCAGGAUCCCCGGUGGGACCCUAACAAACAGCUGGACUCGGAAGGCGAUUCCGAGUCAAGCGGGCAAACAGCCCUACAUAUAGCAGUGGAAGACAGAGCCACGGAUAUAAUCAAGCGACUGUUUCAACGAGGAUCCCGUCCCGAUGUUCGUGACGCUCAAGGGCGCACGCCGCUGAUGUUGGUCGAGACCCCAGAGCACCUACGGCUGCUACUAGACCAUGGCGCAGACGUCACAGCUACAGAUGACAGCGGUCGAUGCAUCUGGCAUUUUGCGGCAGCAAAUAAUGACGCUGACCUGCUUAACGCGUUAAUCGCGUCUGGGGACGACAAGGAAGUAGCUCUGAGGCGUGUGACGAAGCAAGGGCGCACGCCACUGGCUGAGGCGUUCAUGUAUGUGCGGGAGCUGCUCAGCAUCGUUGCCCGCUCCCACGAGAAUCCGGAUGCGGCCCAGCUCCUACUGCCGCUAUGUGACGGGGACGAGGCGUACUUCAAGAGCGAUGUGCCUGUCACCCACCUCGCGGCGGAGUGGGCUUCCUUGAGCCUGUUGACGCGGCUCAUGCGAACCAAAGGCGUCGACUUCAGCAGUACCACGGAAGAUGGCUCGACGCCAAUGCACUAUCUGAACUUCGGCGCAACCCUGGAGUUCGUGCAAAAGCUCAGAGAGGCUUGUGGCGACAACGCCGAUGCUCAACGCAAGGACGGCAAGACUCCUGCCGAGACGAUCUUUCUCUCCUUCAAAGACUCCGACCCCGACCCGGACAUGCGCAUCCGCCAUCCGGCGUAUUCGAAAGAGAUCGAUCCCACUGUGUACAACGCGCUUCUGACGGCAGAGGUACUGGCAUCACGCGAUGCCGAAUCGCGAACGCUGUGGGAGCGCUUCUGCAAGGAUGUGGUGGUGGACUACAUCAGCAAAGGGCCACGCCUGAGCAUGGCAGUAGUGCAGGGGCCUAUCGCGACAGCAGUCCUUUCGCUCGUAGACAAGGGCGCUCUUGCGGAAUACGAAACGCAGCACAAGUCUUCUGGUUUCACGGUACUGGUGAGGGAUACUUGGGACAAGGACGGUAGUCAGAGCUCUGGGCCUUCCGCGUUCUCAAUCGAAUUCCCGCCAAUACCAUACAUAAUGGGUCGCUUGUACACGCACGUGCUUAAAGCGACCCAGUACAUGGGAGACAUCGCCAAGGACAAGAGCACCCUGCUGAUCUUCUGCUGGGCGGCGAGGCACGGCUUCAUGAAUCUCAUCGACCUCAUGGUCGAAAAGGGCGUCUCGCCUGUCGAGGAAGUCAAGGGAAUGUGCGCGCUCGAGGAAGCGGUGCUCUCGCCCGUGGGCAAUGCGGAUGCACUCACCCUAAUACUCACCGCCAUCGACAAGUCCCAGCUCAACGCCAAAAGCUCUCGCGGGACAACGCCCCUGCUCCAGCUCUGCACAACGACACACACGGGCAGGCCGAGGGUCGCCCUACGCGAAGAAAGGAUGACACUUCUCCUGCGCGCCGGCGCCGACCCUCACAUGCGCACGGCGGACGGCGUGCCGGCCGUGGUGCUAGCCAUCACGGAGGAGCAGUUCGAGUGCGCACGGUUGCUGAUAGAGGCGGGCGCCGACAUCCGGGCCAAGACGCCGUUGGGCAUGGACUCGGCGCUCGCGGCCGCCUACCGGGGCAACAUGCGCCUGCUCGAGAUGCUCGAGCAGCUCAGCAGGAGCGGCGACGCCGACAAGCAGGUCGAUUUCGCGGCGCGGUGCUCGCGUCCGUACGUGGAGGACGGCAAGCACACGAAGCAGAUGCUGGCGGGCUGCAACGCGCUGCACGUCGCGGCGCUGUACCAGCAGACCCACGUGGCCAGCUUCUACCUGGACAGGGGGUACUUGGGCGUGAACGACACGCAGUCGGACCGCGGGCUGACGGCGCUGCACCUGGCGGCUAUGUGCGGGGACGUCAACGGGAUCCGGCGGCUCGCGGGGCGGGGCGCCGACAUCGAGGCGCGGGACGUCGAAGGGUGCAGGCCGUUGCACCACGCCGUGCACCGUGCGCACACGGCGACGCUGAGGGCGCUGCUCGAGCUCGGUUGCGAGCGCUCGCCGCGGGACAACUGUGGUGUGACGCCGCUCAUCCUGGCGAUCCAGCUGUAUGUCCAGCCGGCCAUCGCCCUGCUUACGGAGACUGACGCGGACAUGACUGUUGCCGCCGACAUUGAUGGCGAGAAGGACGUCUCUCGGAUGAUCACCCUGCCAGCACCAGCUAGUGAGCGGCAGGCACGCGCUGUUAGCAGGCGCCAUAGCUCAGAUACCAAGCAGCCCCAGAGGGGAUGGUCGCGUAAGGGCCUGCAGGCCAUGGCAGAGGCGAUGGAGAUGGCCCUGAGCAACCAGAACGUCGACAUGUGCCGCUCCGUGCUCAACAGCGGGUGCCCCGUCGAUAUUCUGCUGCCACCGUGCCGCAACUGCACGCCGCUCAUGCUGGCGAUGCGCAUGGGCGCCGUGCACCUGGUCCAGGUGCUACUCGAGCGCGGGGCGGAGCUGCGGGCUGGCCACUGCGCGUGGCACUACCCGGCGGGUUACAACCCCGUCGGAGGGGCGUGUCGGGCGGAGCGGCUGCUGCCCUGCCUGCGACCGGUGCUGGACAGGGCACUGAGCCGCGGCCACAACUGGCUGGGCUCGCCCGUGACGCCGCUGCACGUGGUGGCCGGGACGGGUGGGCUCGAGGCGAUGCAGGUGCUGCUGGAGCAUAUCACUGAGCAUGUGGACAAGUAUAGAGCGUGGCUACCAGCAGACCUUGAGGUGCCGAUGCCGCCCGAGGAAGCCGGGUCGCGGGGCGUGCACGCAGUCGUCCGGGUCAUCGUCAACCUACGCUCCGGAGUGGCCUUCCGGAAGUCGUCCUACGACGACGCCGGGUCAACGCCCCUGCGCAUUGCCGCGGGCUACGGCGCGACGCCAGCCAUGGUGAACCUCCUGCUCGACUAUGGCGCCGACCCAAACAUACCCGACUUUUGUCUCGACUACCCGCUGCACAACGCCAUAAGCAACGGCCUUGCCGGCACGGUCAAGGUGCUGCUCGAGCGGGGCGCGUUCCCGGACGCGCGCGACAACAAUGCGUACACGCCGCUGAUGUUAGCCUGCUGCGACCCUUUCACGCAGCAGGACCGCGCCAAUUACCCCCCGUGGCGCAGCGACGCCGUGGCCACGGUGCGCAUCCUCAUCGAACACGGCGCAGACCCGCGCGUGCGCGACGUCGACGGCUCGAGCCUGCUCAACCUGGCCGCCAAGCAGGGGCGCAACCCGGCCGUGUUUGACUACCUCGUGCGCACGACGGGCCUGGAUCCCUUCCUGCGGGACAAGACGUGCUACGCGCCGCUGCACGACGCCGUCCUCAACCGCGCGUACACGUCGUACGUGCUGUCGGGCGCGUACGACCUGCGCCGGCUCGCGGCCGAGGAGGACCUUCCCAAGGGCCUGUUCGCCAUCGCCGCCGACGACAACGACCAUAUCCUGCCGCGGCUGCUGCGCCGGUGGCCGCGCGAGUUCCUGGGCGGGUACGUCGGGCGCGUGCAGGGGCGGUACGUCAGCGCGCUGUGCAAUGCGGCGGCGAGGGGCCACGAGAGGGCCGCGGCGGCGCUGCUCGACUGGGGAGGGGCGGACAUGGAGCUCGAGGGCGCGCCGGAGGGGACGGCGCUGAUGACGGCGUGCGUGUACGGCCGGCUCGGCGUGGCGAGGAUGCUGGUGCGGAGGGGUGCGGCCGUAAGCUACCGCCGCCGCCGCCGGCGCCACGCCCACCCCGGGAGUGAGGGGCUGGGAGGAGAUGGUCAAGGGGAGUGGGAGACCAGGAGUGCGCUGGCGGUCGCGACGCCGAAGAUUCGGCGGUGGAUCCUGGUGGGGCAGUUCACGGAGCGGCCGAGGCGGGUGGGGUACCGCGCCCGGGACGGAGGGGCAACUCCGGACGCGGCGGUUACGGAGGAGGAAGGAUUCAAGCCCUGGUCGGGGGUGCGGGAGGUUGCAGUCUUGUUCACGGGGUCUGGGCAGUUCUACGGGCGGACGGCGGGGGAGUCGCUGCUCGGCUUUGUCAAGCGAUGCGCGCGGAUCCGGAGGGAGUUCCGGGGCCAGGUCGUGGUGCCGUACGACCACGAGGGCGAGGGGGAGGGGAGGACGGCAUCGUCAUAG